AUGGAAUUGCCAGACUACUCAUUGGUUAAGAAUCUUGUAAUGAAGGUUAAAAAGGAGAUGUUCUCAUCUUCAUCUUCAUCAUCAGAACAUGAUGAUGUAUAUCGUCUUGUGUCUCCUUCUGCUUACGACACUGCUUGGCUCGCCAUGGUUCCGAAUCCUGAAAAACCAGAUCGGCCCUUGUUCCGGGGAUGCUUGCAAUGGGUGCUCCGGAACCAAAAACCAGGAGGCUUCUGGGGAUCAUCAGAGUCGACCUCUAUAAGUACCUUAUACUCCCUCACUUCGACUCUCGCUUGCAUUGUUGCACUCACCACCUGGAGUGUUGGCCACACUGCCAUUCAAAAGGGGUUGGGGUUCAUUCAUGCAAAUGCAGAAGAGAUACUGAAAGAGCAAAAUGGCUGCUUUCCCGAGUGGUUUGUACUUCUUUUACCGGCAAUAGUUGACCUUGCAAAGACCAAAGGCCUGCAUGUUCAUUUCUCAAAUGGUUCAAAAGCGCUUAUACAACAGAUCUUCCAUGAGAGACAACAGCUAUUCCAAAUCAACAGGUCGGGACAGGAGUACUAUGAGACACUGAUGCCAUAUCUUGAAGCUUUGCCGGAGAGUUAUAAUGAGAUUUUGCUACAACAGAGUGAAGAUUAUGGGAUCCUCAUCCAGUUUCCAUCAGCCACCGCCUAUGCUUUUAUGAAGACAGGAAAUAAGAAUCUUUUGGUGAAUUUGAAUUCUGUUGUCCAAAGAUGUGGAUAUGGAGUUCCUGCGAUUUACCCCAUGGAUGAAGACCUCGUAAAGAUUUGUCUUAUUAACCGGAUUGAGACACUGGGCCUAGCAGAGUAUUUCAUGGAGGAGAUAACGAUUCUACUUGAUCAAGUUUUCAGAAGUUAUGUGAACAAUGAAGGGACAGAGAUGACGGUGAAGCAUGGUCUGCUUCCACUAGAACUUUAUAGAGAUUCACUAGCAUUUCGGCUACUAAGACUACAUGGCUAUACUGUAUCUCCUUGGAAGUUCUGCUGGUUCCUCCAAGAUGAAGAUAUAUUGGUGCACAUAGAAGAGCACCAUGAAACGUUUUUGAGUGCCAUGUAUAAUGUAUUCAGGGCAUCAGAUCUUACUUUUGCCGGAGAAAGUCAGCUUGAAGAUGCUAGGUUAUUCUCUACAAGAAUACUGGAAAAGGAAACAACGAAUUCCGAGAAAUUGCUAGUAGACCAGAUUAAGCAUGAACUUAGUCAUCCAUGGCUUGCUCGGUUGGAUCAUUUGGAACACAGGAAAUGCAUUGAGAGGGAAGAUGCUAUUCAUCCAUGGACAGGAAAAGCCUUUUCGUAUAGACUAUCAUUUUCGAGUGAUGCUCUGCUGCAACAACUUGCCAUAGAGAAUUAUUCACUCAGACAAUCAAUAUUCAGAGAUGAACUAACCGAGUUAGAGAGGUGGUCAAAGGACAUGGGACUUUGUGACAUGGGGUUUGCACGACAGAAAACCGCACACUGUUAUUUUGCAGUUGCAUCAACUGUAUCACCUCCUUCCCUUUCGGAUGUGAGGCUGGCACUUGUCAAAAGUGCAAUCCUUGUUACGGUGGCUGAUGAUUUUUUUGAUGCGGAAGGUUCAUUGAGUGAUCUCAAAAGUUUUACAAAUGCCGUCAAAAGGUAUAAACAAGAACAACGUCAGCAGAUAGGCCUGAAUGGACACAGCAAAACUAUAUUUAAAGCUCUCAAGGAUCUCCUCGAUGACAUUUCUAUGCAAUUCUUCAAUAAAUAUGGAUAUGACGUAAACAUAUACCUUCAAGAUCUAUGGCAUCAAACAUUUGUGAAAUGGUUAAAGGAGGCAGAGUGGAGCAGUACUGGGCAUACCCCAUCAAUAGCUGAGUACCUUCAAGUAGCCACGAGUUCAAUAGCUGCACAAACUAUUAUUCUUCCAGCAGCUCUUCUUCUUAGUCCACAACCCGGAAUAGACAUCCUCAAGUGCCCUCAAAAUGAGCCGCUUACAAAUUUACUUAUGGUUUCAACACGCUUUUUGAACGAUAUUGGAACCUAUAAGCGGGAACAAGAGGAGGGGAAGCCAAACCUUGUUCUGCUACACAUGAAGGAAAAUCCGGAUCUGGGAGUUGAAGAAUCAAUUGAGGUUAUACAGAAGAUAUUGGACGAAAAGAAGAAACAGUUCCUGGAACAGGUUUUGGUGAAUGGAGUGAAUGAUAUGCCAGAAGCAUGUAAACUACUCCACUUUCAAUGCCUGAAAGCAUUUCAGAUGUUCUACAACUCAACAAAUGCAUUUGACUCCCAAACAGAGUUGCUUGCUGACAUCAACAAAGCGAUUUAUUUUCCAUUAAAGGUGGAUCAUAGAAGUUUGGCUAGUAGCCAUAGCCAAGUUGGUACUAAAAGCCUUCAAAUCCAACAGAGAGUAAUUGGAACAAGUUCAACAUUCUUGAAGAGCAUUACUGAGAACAGAACUUGUACUACUGGUGCUAUAAAGUUCCUCCAAGGAAAGAAGUUUUCUGCAAAGCCUUACGCGGGGAUCUUAUCACUUAAGAUGAGAAAAUCAAUAACUCCUACGACUUUCCCAAAGCCGAAAGCUUGUACUUAUUCGUGGCAUAAGUAA